CUUUUCGAGUGACGUCAUAAGCGUGCGACUGUUUUGACGCGACUUUACUGUCAUGGCUCUUUUUCCAGCUUUUGCUGAAGAAGCGGCCAACAAGGUUGAAGAUUCGUCCAAAGAAUUAGACUGGCUGAAAAAUAAGAGUUUUAAGACUGGAGAUGCCCUCUCUCUUCAUAAUCGGCUUGUUGAGAAGACCAUCGACAGGCACAACCAGAAGGAAUCGAGUGUUGAUAAAUAUGUAAGCUCUGCAGAGCAGAGCGAAGAAGAAAAGAGCCAUGUGCCAUCUAAGAAGAAAAAAAAGAAAAGUGAAAAAAAGAAGAAAAAGAAGAAAAAACACAAAAAGAAAAGCGGAAGGUAUUCUGACAGCAGCGGCUCUGACUCUGAAACCAUUUAUCCCAGUGACCUCAAGAGGGAGGAAGAGGAAGAUGGUCCCCAGUCCUCUCCGUUGGGAAGUCUUUUCUCCUGGUUGGAUGACCUCCAGACACCCACAGAGCAGCUCUUCUGUGUUGACCGUAAAGCAGAUCCAGCCAACUGGACGUACAAGUCCCUCUACAGAGGAGAUGUUGCCAAGUAUAAGAGGAAAGGAAGCUCAUCGCUGGGUCUGGUCCCUCACAGACAGGGAGUAAGUUGGGAGGACUCGGAGUCAAACAGGAAACAGAAAGGUGGAGACAAGAAAAAAGCAUCAGACAGAUACUUUUCUACAAUCAGUCGCCAGAUGCUGAGGUCAGAGCCUCCUGUUCCUGCAAUACCAACUGUUCCUGAGAGCAGCAGUGAUAUAAAGCCUACCUCUUUCCUCCCACUGGGUGAUGAUGAGGAGAAAAAAGGAGGGCAGAUGGUUGGCAGAGUGCAGACAUCAUUUGUCAAUCCCCUUGGUGUCUAUGACUCGUCCACGGCGCUUUGGCUGCAAGGGAAAGGACAGCAGGACCAGACAGAAGAACAGAAGCAGGAAACACAGACUGAGCAUGGUGCUACGCCUUCAACCGGGAGGACUGAGGAGUUUAACAGGCGACUCAGAGAGCAGCCAGCAGACACACAACUAUGGAUAGAAUUUAUAAGAUACCAGGAGGAGCUGAAUGCUACAGUGUUUGGAGGUGAAGAGGAGCGACAACAGGGCAGUGAUUUGGCUGAGCGUCGCAAGUCUUCUUACAGAGCAGUCCUGGAGAAAAAGCUGAGCAUUGCAGAGCGCGCAGUCGCCACAAACCCAACCUGCAUCGAACUACAACUAGAGAGGCUCAGUAUUUGUCAGGAGCUGUGGGAGCCCUCACUUCUGGCUAAAGAAUGGAAGAAACUGGUGUUUGUACACCCAAACAGUGCCCCCCUGUGGAGAAAGUAUCUGCUGUUCACCCAGAGCUACUUCAGCAACUUCACUGUGUCGAAGGUGAACUCUGCCUAUGGGAAAUGUCUCAGUACGCUUGGUGCUGUGCGUGAUGGCAGCAUGGUCUCUCAUCCGGCUCUGCCAGGGAUCGAGGAGGAUAUGUUGGAUAUUUUCACCCUGCAGUGUCACUUCCUGCGCCAAGCUGGUCACUCAGAAAAGGCCAUUGCUUUGUUUCAGGCCAUGAUUGACUUUACUUUCUACAAACCUGACAGUGUACGAAAAAUGUCCACUAAGCAGCAGGUUGAAUUCUUUGAGCCAUUUUGGGACAGCGGGGAGGCGCGAGUAGGAGAGCUUGGGGCCAAAGGUUGGAAGGCUUGGAUGCAACAACAAGAGCGGGGAGGAUGGUUAGAGCCCAGUGCAGAGGAGGAUGAAGAUGAGGAAGAGGAGGAGGAGGAGGUAAAGGAUCGAAGCCAGCCAAGAUGGAGAAUCUGGCUGGAUGUGGAGUCAUCUCGGGAAGCAGACCACUGGCUGCCCUGGAGGCCUGACAAAGCCAAGGGUCAAUCAGAAGAAGACUGUGAGGACCCUGACAGACAGGUGUUGUUUGACGACAUCGGUCCAUCCCUUAUUUGUUUGUCUUCACCCGAGCUCCAGUUCCGUCUUCUUCUCCGUUUCUUCUCAUUCCUGGGGCUGCCUGUUGACUCCAUGCUCUCCGCUGCCCCCUGCCAGCCUGGCCUGCUCCUGGAGAACCUUUCUCUCCUUACUCAGGGGAACGAGCAGUGCCGCCCUCUGACCUCUGGUGAUCUACCUGACCUUGGUGUAAACUCUGUGGGUCACAUGACCACUCUCCGGGGAACAAGAAAGUGCGCAGGGCUGGGAAAACAGGGGGAAAGGUUUGUUACCAAUGUUUUCAGGAUGGUCCAACCUGUUCUUCCUGCCCAGCACCGAGCCAUCCUGUCUCUCAGCUGGAUGCAGUAUGAGAAGCUUAAGGUUUUGCGCUGCCUUUGUGGCAGCAACAAAAAGCGCCUUCGCUCUCAAGGCAAGAGCAGUAAACGCAUUGCCAAGCAACUUCUCAAGGAACCAGACAACCGCUCUUCAUUGGUGCUUUGGCGGGAGUACGCCCACCUGGAAUGGAUGCUGGGCAAUUUUGAUGAGGCUCGCAAAGUUUUCUCCACGGCCUGUGCAUUAGGGGGAGCCAAAGGGCUGAGGAGCCCUUCCCUCUGUGAGCUGUGCCUGCUGUGGGCCCAGCUGGAAGUGGAGGAUGGGGAGGGUUCACAAAAAGAAGGCCACUCUGAUGUCACCAUGUCUCCAGCUGUAAGCUUGUUAACCAGGCUAGCAGAGGGAAGCUUUUCAUCACAGUCAUCCCCGUCAUCACAGACUCUUUCUACAGUCUCCAUCCUGAAAGCCAGGAAGUCUUAUGAGCAGACUUUGACAGCUGGCUUGACAGCCCUCGAUGAAAACAUCCAAAACUUUGUGGUCAACAGAGAAGGUGAAGAGGACCUGCUAGGGCAGAAGCUGAGGCUGAGAGGCCUGGUGGGCUGCUACGCCCUGUUCCAGUACCUCACCAUGGGCAUCCAAGCAGCCAAUGCCAUUUACAACCAGGCUAGAGAGAAGAUGGAAGAUCUUCACUGCACAGUGACAGAGGAUAAACCACUAAGUAGUGAGAAGGAAGCAAGCAACACUAGCACUGACGGUAGCAAGCCCUCAGCUGAUGCAGGUCACACCAGCAGGCACUGUAUCAACAGGCUAGCUGCAGAGUGUGAAGAAAUAGCAGUGCAGCAGGCAAGGCUGCUCAAGUACCACAUGAGUAAACGUGUUUUCCCACUGCCAACAUUAAGACAGAUGCUUACCUCUGCCCUUUCUACCUGGUCAAGUAGCGCCCCUCUGUGGAGCAUCUACAUACAGGUGGAGAACCGUUACCAUAGUGCUGGCAGGGCACGUCGUUUUUUCCACUCUGUAUCCAGGGACAACAACAGGGUGCUACCACGCCUCUUUGCUAUUGUUGCUGAACAACAAAGGAAGCAGCUGGUGGAUGCUGCUCAGAGAUCUUGUUGCUAUGACGCUGCCUUGCCCAUCAUGCCAGAGAAUGGCCUCAGCAACCGUAUCUGUGGACUGUUUGAAAACGCCAUAACAACUGAGCUGGGUUCUCAUUGUCCUUUACUUUGGAGGAUGUACAUGCACUUCCUGGUGUCAGAAGGAAAGGUGGAUAAAGCCAAAGGGAUCUUCUACAAGGCCUUACAAAAUAUUCCUUGGGCUAAGGGUUUGUACAUGGAUGCAGUUCAGCUAUUUCCUGAGCAUCUCCAGGAGUUUGCAGAUCUGAUGACGGAAAAAGAACUACGACUCCGACUGCCACUUGAAGAACUGGAUAUACUACUGGAGGACUGAGCACACAAACACACGCCAACUUGAGUUUACUUUAAUGGCAGCAUGCCAACCCAUAACUGGACAGACACUCAAACUCAAAAUUAAACAUUCAAAGCUACAGUGUUUAAUUGUGAAGUGUGCAGUGAUCUCUGAAGUUGGGCGUGAUUCUAUCCUUUGUACAUAAAAGCUAUUAUUUGUUUUUAUUAAAAAAACACAGUUUGAUUACCUUACACGGUUAAUA